CUUUCGUCGAGUCUUUUGUUUAGCGUUACAGUUCAUUUUCACCUAUUCUCUUGCUUUUACUUCUUAAAAGAAAUGGCAGAAAACACAAGUCCAGCUAUCACUAUGACUUGUGAGGUUUGUUCAGAGUAUUACACUGACCCCCUCAUGCUUCCCUGUCUUCACUCAUUCUGUAAGAAGUGUCUAAUAAAAGCUAAAGAGAAGCAAGGUAGUGCUGAUACCUCAUUAAAGUGUCCAACGUGUGACACUAGCGUUAAUUUACCUGAUGGUAAAAUUGAAGGCCUCACUCAUAACCUUUGGUUUGAACAUAAAUCAAAAGAAGCUUUGAUCAAAAAGAAGAUCGUCAGCAAGGAAGCAGUAUCGUGUGAUGAAUGUGAUGAUUCCAGUGAUGCAGCUGUCGUGUAUUGCUGUAAUUGUGGCCAGUUUCUGUGUGAUUAUUGUAAGAAAGGUCACAAGCGAAACAAGAAAAAAGCCAAUCACAAGUUAAUUGAUUUAGAAACAAAAGAAUCCAUCGAAUUGCCUACUAUUAAGCAUGAAGAGGGGUAUUGUGAUCGGCAUAUAGAUCAAAAGCUGAUUUACUAUUGUAAUGAUUGCGAGAAAUUAGUCUGCCCUAACUGCCUCCCAAUCAAACACAAGGAUCACAAUAUAGAAGAUUACAUUGACGUAGGAGAAACAGCACGUAAAGCAUUAAGGGAAAGUGUUGCUAGUUGUGAUGAAGUCAUUCCUCCAGUCACUGAAGCUAUUGCUAAUGGAGAAAAGAUGCUAGAGCAGAUAGCAACACGUAAAGAAGAAGUAAGGCAGGAAAUCAAGGAAACGUUUGAAGAGCUUAAAGCUGCUUUAGAUAAGAGAUGCAAUGAUCUACUAAUGGAGACAGAAGAGAUCGCUAGUGCUAAGAGGAAUUCUAUCAAGAAGCAGUUGGACGGGUUCUGUAAACUGGUGAAACAGGUUUCUCAUGGUCGUCAUCUUGCAUCAUUAGUGAGUGAGCGUACUGAUCCAGGUGAAGUUCUCAGCGUUAAGAAGCUAAUCACCAAUCAACUAGAGGAAUGCAUUGAAGAGUAUAAGAAACUACCUCUAGAAGUAGAAGAAAACGAAGCAAUUGUGACAAAUCUAGAUACAUCUACUUUAAAUGAAAAAAUCAGUGAGUUUGGAUACAUUUUCAAACUUGAGCAGCUUGACCCAUCACUUUAUUCCAUUGAUAGUGGGUUAGCUAUUCCAUUGGCAACAGUAAAGAAAGAAAGGAAAUUCAAAGUGGCUUUACCAGCAGGCAUUGGUAAAGCAGCAAGCUAUUUGAAGACUUCCUUUAUCAAAAGUGAUGGAAGUAAAGAGGAGGGUAGAGUUGUUAUAGUUAAUGAUACCAACACAGCCAUUGUAUCAUGCACACCUCAAAGUAUUGGUGGAUAUGAACUAUCAGUGACUAUAAGAGGUCAGCAUAUUAAAGGUAGUCCUUAUCAACUGUCAGUAAAAGCAUCAAGAGACUAUACCACACUAACUAACGAGAGAUCCUUUGAUUUGGGAAAUCGUACCGAUAGUGUUGCUGUUCAUACUAAUGGUGAAGUAUUUGCUAAUAGUAAGGAUGGGUUUGUUCAGGUAUUUAGUGAGGAUGGUACUGCAGUAAGAAGGAUUGGAUCUAAAGGUAGUGGUAAUGGACAGUUUGACUAUCCUUGGGGUUUAUUGUUGGUAGGAGACAGGCUCUAUGUGUCUGAUAAUAAUUUUAAUCGUGUGCAGUAUUUUUCAGCUACUACUGGUCAGUAUAUUAGUCAGUUUGGUAGUGAAGGCAAUGGAAAUGGACAAUUCUAUACUCCUCGUGGUAUAUCUACUGAUGGUAAAAGUAAUAUAUUAGUAGCAGAAUACAACAAUAAAAGAGUACAAGUGUUUAAAGAAGAUGGUACAUUUGUACAAGUCAUACAAUGUGAUGGUAAAGCAACUGAUGUAGCAGUUGAUAAUGAAGGAAAGAUACACGUUACCAUUAGCAAUCAAAAUCAUGUUCAAGUUUUUUCUCCUGAUGGUAAAAGCCAACUUGAUGCAUACAAUCAUAACUUUAAUUCCCCUCAAGGUAUUGCUAUUGAUGACGAAGGAUGUAUCUUUGUAUCAAGUAACAAUGGCUACCUUCAUGUAUUGAGUCCUGACAGGAAACAUGUCAUCAAAUCAAUUCCAUUUGCUAAAAAGAUGGUGUAGCACUGGAUAAGGAUGAAUAUAUUUAUGUUGCCGAAUAUGGCAACAGUCGUAUAAUCAAAUG